AUGGGUAAGCCCGUCAUCAGAGAUGGGAAACAACAAACUGUAGAUAUGGAGGAAAUAUUCAAAAGUGUGCUUGAGGAUGCUUCCCGUGCGAUGGGAAAUGGUACAAUAGCAGCUCAGAGUGUCGAUUGUACUAUGACGAAUAACGUUCCGCAAUCUCAACAGGCAAUGAUAGUGUGCCAUCAACAAUGGCAACAACCGGUAUGUCACUUUUUCCUGCAAAUCACUCUUUGA